AUGAACUCAUCCUCAGUACCACCCGUGGACGCCAGGAAAGGCCUGCCAACACGAUCAGUGAAGAAAGAAGUCUUUGGCAACCCAGCUCCAUGGGGUGAACCAGCUUGGAGCCACGGCAUUGCCUCACCCUACUACAACGAAUCACACAAGAAAUCUCGCAACGUCCUGCGCGAAUAUGUAGACAAAAACAUCCUACCCUACGCCCUAGAUUGGGAGGAGAAAGGCGAAGCACCAGAAGCAGCACGACUCCAGUGGGCGCGAUCUGGAUUCGCCUUCUCUGAUGUGCCGCUCGAGUAUCGGCCAAAGGACAUCCCGUUCCCGGCUGACGUUCACGUCAAAGACCUUGAUGCGUUCCACCUGCUUGUGCAGACUGACGAGACAUCCCGCGUCGAAGGUGGCGUUACGUCAAGUCUAGGCGGAGGCUCAGUCAUUGGCAUCCCGCCAGUGAUUCACCACGGAACGGAUGAGCAGAAGCGAAAGUGGUUGCCAGGACUCUUUACUUGGGAGACGAGCUUCUGUUUGGGUAUUACGGAGCCCAAUGCUGGCUCUGAUGUGGCCAAUAUAAUCACUACAGCUCGCAAGACAGAUGAUGGAAAGUUCUACAUCGUAGACGGCACCAAGAAAUGGAUCACCGGAGCUCCAUGGGCAUCACAUAUGACCACAGCCGUGAGAACAGGAGGCCCUGGCAUGAAGGGCAUAUCCGUCCUCGUCAUACCACUCGACUCCCCAGGCAUCACAAGGCGCCGCAUCCCGAACAGCGGCCAGAAAGCAGGCGGAGCAUCGCUCAUCGAACUCGACGAAGUGAAAGUCCCCGCUGAGAAUCUCCUCGGCAAGGAGAACGAAGGCAUGAAAAUCAUCAUGGUCAACUUCAACCGCGAACGCUACAUCAUGUCCGUAGGCUGCAACCGCAAAGCACGAACAUGUCUAUCAGUCGCAUUCGACUACGCGAACAAGCGGGAGACGUUCGGCAAGAAGCUGAUCGAGAACCAGAUCAUCUCGGCCAAGUUUUCGACCAUUGCUCGCUAUGUUGAAAGCCACUGGGCGUUCCUUGAGCAGAUUGCAUAUGCUGUGCAGCAGAGCCCGCUCGCUUGGCAGGACCCUGAUGUGGCUGGACGGAUAGCUUUGGCGAAGGUGCAGGGUGGGCGGAUUGAGGAGAUGGCGUGUCGUGAAGCGCAGCAGGUGCUGGGUGGUGCCGGGUAUCAACGAGGUGGUCCGGGUGCGGUGGUUGAGCAGAUUAGUAGAGAUCUGAGGAUGAUGGUUGUGGGUGGUGGAUCGGAGGAGAUUAUUUCUGAUUUGGCAGUGAGGCAGGAGACUGUCCUUGCAAAGAGGCGAGGAUGGAAGCUGUAG